UAGAACGCGCGAUCUGAUUGGACAACACGACCGCAACGCACGCCGGGUAACCCAUCCGCCAUUUUGGAUGUUCCAUGUCCCAUCAGCUGUGUUGCCCGCCAGGAUUAAAACGUUUCAAGGUCAAGAUUUGCUACAGUUACAGCAUUCCAUUUGGACAUGGAGACCAGAUCAACCAGUGCUAAGGCGGGAAUAGUCCCAGCCAGCCAACAGGAGUCGAGGAACGCGACAAAGGACGACAAGAUGUUCAAACAUCCCGGGGAAACCGCGGCAACCAGAGAAACAGCUGUGCAGGAGGCACCAACCUCUGAUACUGACUCAGUAAGUUACUCUGAGCCAGCCAUUCCAGUAUCCACCUCAGAACCCCUAACAGAAAGCCCCAUGGCCAGUACUGUUGAAUCUGGGAUGCCUACGAGAGAAAUGCUGAACCAGAGCGCACAGAAGCUGGUGGAUGACAUCAACAGCAAGAGGAAGAGAGAUGCCGCCUUGCUGUCAGACUUCAAGAAGGCCCUGGAGAUACAGGUUGGGAACUCCUGCAGCCUCCUGGAGAGCUCCAUGUACCAGACUUACGAGAGGACAGGAGCGCGGAUGCAGGAGAAGCUACAGGAGCUGUUCGCUGUGCUGGACCGCGUCUCCAAACUGGAGGCGGAGCUCAAGCAGUUCCGACAGGCCCUGGGCAUGCUGUACACAGAUGUGCAGGCUCCACAGACACAGUAGAAGUUUGUAUUUAUCUAUUAUAGUAAUUAUUAUAGAUUCUACCAUGAAGUUUUACGUUUUUUUCUUUGUUGAUCAUGGGCCAUUGAUACAGUAAAUACAGAGCUCAAGCAGUUCCGACAGGCUCUGGGCAUGUUGUAUACAGAUGUGCAGGCUCCACAGACACAGUGAUACACACAGGAAGUUUGUAGGUUUCUAAGAUUCUACCUUGAAGUUCUAUGUUUUUAUUUGUUGAUCAUGGGCCGUAAAAACAGAGAAACAGUGAAUACAGAGCUCAAAGAGUUCCAACAGGCUCUGGGCAUGCUGUACACACAGAAAGUUUGUAUUUAUCUAGAUUCUAAUCUAAUAAUUUAUCAAGCUAUGUUUUUAAUUUGUGCAACAGAAAUGCUCAGCUCCAAACACAGGAACCUGAGUGAACCUAUAUGUAUUAUAGGUGUGUGUUUUCCCUCCAGCUUUGAUGAUAUAUCAUUGUCUCUUUCCCAUUCAUUCAUUCACUCAUUUACCUUGUUGGACUCUUGCCCUCUUAGAUUAUUCAAUAUAUGAUAUUCAUUUAUUGACUCAUUAAUUCAUUUAUUCAUUCAUUCACUCAUUCAUCUUGCUGUACCCUGCAUCCUUUUUGUCUUGGUAGAACCUUAAUCUAGCUAGUGACAAGUCAUAUGCCAGGGAGUUGUUAUAAUGUGAGGUGGUGCUGUUGUGAUAAUUCUAAUUUCUAAGAAAUUGGUUUCUUAGGAUUUAUUGUAGCAGACAGCUAGGUUGAUUCAAGUUUGAAUACUUGAAGUCAUGGGACCAUGUCUUUGUUUAAAAAAUGUUCCCUUUGGCUUUUAUGUUACAUUUGUAGGGAAUUGACCUAUUUUUUGUAAGCAACAUUGAUUAAAUCAUUACAUUAACUACAAGGUUUCAUGAUGUUCGGAACCUCUUCUAAUAGUUAGUUUCUUCUAUCUCAAACUAUCCAGUACCCUUACUAUGUAAAAGGAGAGACAAAUAAAGACCAGCACACUGUCAAGUUUCAGUGCUUGGGCUGUGCAGUUUAAUGACUUUGGAAUUUAACGGCUCACAGAAAUUGUAACAGACAAAACAACAAGGUGACAUCAAUAUGUUGCAUCCAACACGAGAAAGAAAACAUUAGAAAAACGAUCGACUAUCUCCUAUUUUUUCAUAUUGCUGUGGCAUAGUUCAAAAUAUACACAAAGCAUCUCCAGAAAUCUAACACGUGAAGACUGAUUAUGGCUA